UUCUCGUUCAGGCUCCCCGCCGCUCUUCUCCCAGGAUCGCGCAUCGCUUCGUUCCCUCCUCUCCCAGACUCUUCCCGCUGCACCCGCCUCGGUAGACCACCAUGCAGCCCCAGGCUUCGCCGUCAAUGAAGCGCCGAUCGCUAUCAGCAUCGUCGAUCCUGCAGCCCAACCGCCCGCCCGUCUCGUCUCCCGCAUCCGGCACCCAUGUCCAGUUCGCCAACGAGCCUCCCCGCACAUAUCACCACCAGCAGCAGCCCUCGUACUCGAGCCAGAGCUACCAGCCCCCUGGAUACUACUCAUCGCCCUACAACAACUCCAACGGCCAACCCUCGGCACCACCCCCGCCUCCACCACAGAGCUCGGCCCAGACCCAGGGCUCGCCGUACAUGCGCUCGCGGCGCCAAGAGUCCAAUCCAGACACAUCGUCGGCGACCCUGGCCAGCCGCUUUGCUGGCGCCAGCCCCAACCACAGCAUCAGCACCGUCAUGCCCAGUAGCGGCGUUCGUCCGCACAUCCAGCAGUACUAUCCUCCCUCGGUCUCCUCUGGCUUUGGAUCGAGGCGGCCCAGCGCCGAGACCUCCAGCAUCACCAGCACCGCAAGCGGCCCUGCCCAGCUCAUCCACCACUCGACCUCCGAUCCAAGCAUGAACCCAGGCCCAGCCAUCACUGCCACAGGGCCGCCGCCCAACCCCGGCACCAGCGUCCCCAAAAAGAAGGGCAUGUUCUGGAUCCCGCAGUUUCGCAGCAAGAAAGAAAACAGCCUCCCCGAGGAUGUCGAGUCGCCCAUGGCCACUCCCAUCGAGCAGGGCUCGCCCCUGUCUUCCGCUGCCGCUCUCAGGAAAGCAUACCCCAAGGACUCUUCGCCGAGCCGCGAUAGCCCCAUCGCCCGCUACCAGGCCCAGAACGCUGGAAAACCACUGGUACGAGCCCUCCCCCCAGGCUGAUGCUGUCUUUGCCUCUGCCAUAUCACAUUCAAUCACAUUGCAUCGCAUCGCAUCGCAUCAUUCAAGGACAGUGCUGGAUUCACUGUAUAUCGCGGUGCCUAUGUGUCCAUGGCCAAGUGCCCGUGCUUGCCAGCAUCUUACCUUGAUCUUUUGAGAUUGGGAAGCAUACGGACACCUCGCGCCUUGCCGAUGGAGAGGGCAAGUGGAGAUGAC